AUGUCAGCCAUAAGGAGGAAAUUUGGAGAGGACUACCAGGUGGUAAACACCAAUCAGGGUAUGACUUUUUCUGCACCCGUGAAGAGAAAGAGGCAGCGGUUUGUGGAGAAGAACGGCCGCUGCAAUGUCCAGCACGGUAACCUUGGCGGGGAGACAAGCCGAUACAUCUCCGAUCUGUUCACCACGCUGGUGGAUCUCAAGUGGCGCUGGAACCUACUCAUCUUCAUCCUCACUUACACAGUUGCAUGGCUGGUCAUGGCUUCAAUGUGGUGGGUCAUAGCUUUCAUCCGUGGCGACUUGAGCCACGGCGGCCACAACUCGUCCUACACUCCGUGCGUAGCCAACGUGUACAACUUUCCCUCCGCGUUCUUGUUUUUCAUCGAGACGGAGGCUACCAUCGGCUACGGCCACCGCUACAUCACGGAGAAGUGUCCCGAAGGUAUCAUCCUCUUUCUCUUCCAGUCCCUACUCGGGUCCAUCGUGGAUGCUUUUCUCAUCGGCUGCAUGUUUAUCAAGAUGUCGCAGCCAAAGAAGCGCGCAGAGACGCUGAUGUUCAGCCAGGACGCGGUCAUUUCCCAGCGGGACGGGAAGUUGUGCCUCAUGUUCAGAGUGGGGAACCUGCGGAACAGCCAUAUGGUGUCCGCUCAGAUCAGGUGCAAACUCAUCAAGUCUCGGCAGACCCCAGAAGGUGAGUUCCUGCCUCUGGACCAGUGUGAGCUAGAUGUGGGUUUUGGUACAGGAGCGGACCAGCUCUUCUUAGUGUCGCCCCUGACCAUCUGCCAUGAGAUCAACACUAACAGCCCGUUCUUCGAUCUGUCACAGCGCUCACUCAUGAAUGAACAGUUUGAGAUUGUCGUCAUCCUAGAAGGCAUCGUGGAGACCACUGGUAUGACAUGCCAAGCCCGGACAUCUUACACUGAAGAUGAAGUCCUGUGGGCCCAUCGUUUCCUUCCCGUCAUGUCACUGGAGGAGGGCUUCUUCAGAGUUGAUUACUCCCAGUUUCACAACACCUUUGAGGUCCCGACGCCUCCCUACAGUGUCAAAGAGCAGGAGGAGAAGUCCUCUCUGACGUCACCCAACUCUCUGCCUGUUACAGCCACACCUACAUCCCCCCUGCUGGGUAACAGUGGCCACGGAGGCCGAAGGGAAAGGCUUCUGUCAGCUGACUGUGUAGACCAUGUCGAGGAUCAAAUCUCCAGGCGGCCCAGCAAACUCCAACGCAUGAGCUCCACCAAGGAGGAGCACCUGUGGAGGGGGCUGAAGACAGGAGCAGCCUUGCCUGGGGGCAAGGCGUCCAGCACAGGAGACCUGCCACUUAGCAUUCAGAGGCUGAGGUCCAGCUCCAUCCCGGUUGUUAGGCAAGGACAACCAGAAGAGCAAGUCCAGCUGUUGUCUUUAGAUGGAGAUAUUGAGGAGAGUGAGCUGGAGAAACACAGACUGCCAGGAGCUAUUAGCACCAUCUCUGCUCCAACCCCAACACCAGUCCAGAUCCCCUUUGUAGGGGGUCGGCCAGAGGACAACCUGCCCCCCAAAUUGCGCAGAAUGAAUGCGGACCGCUGA